CCGGACCCGGCUGGGCUGGGGACGCCGAGCCUCCGCCCCCGACGGCCGUCCUUCCUCCUCGUGCCCCAGCCUGCCGGCCCAGUGCAGCCGGCUGCCUUCAGAACCCGUUGGCAGCAGCCUUGGCGGUUUCGAGCUGGAGCCUGUCCGAGGGCCUGGGCAAAGGGCCAGAGAUUGGAUCUAGUAGCCAGAGAGGUGGCUGGUGGAUAAGACGGAGGGCUGCUCACUCUGGCUGAAGAUGUUUCCCCAGAACAGGCCGCCUUUGACCCACCUUCAAGCGCCACCAGUGGCCUCAGCGGCAGCUGUGCUCGUCACCACCAAUGCUUCAGCCACCACCCCCCAGACUCUAAAACUCACCUACCCAGAGACAUUGGAUCGGAUCAAGGAAGAAUUCCAGUUCCUUCAAAGCCAAUACCACAGCUUGAAGGUGGAGUGUGAGAAGCUGGCAUCAGAGAAGACGGAGAUUCACAGGCACUAUGUCAUGUACUACGAGAUGUCCUAUGGCCUCAACAUCGAAAUGCAUAAGCAGACAGAGAUCGCCAAACGGCUGAACGUGAUCUGUGCUCAGCUCAUCCCCUUCCUCUCCCAGGAGCACCAGCAGCAGGUGGUCCAGGCAGUGGAGAGAGCCAAGCAGGUGACCAUGGCGGAGCUGAACGCUGCCAUUGGGCACCAGCUGCAGGCCCAGCACCUGCCCCACUCUGCACCGCCCAUCCCGCUGACCCCACAUCCCUCAGGCUUGGCCAGCCUGGGCAGUGCCUCAGGGCUCCUGGCAUUAACGGGAGCACUGGCAGCUCCAGCCCAGGCUGGCCCCAAAGAUGAUCGAGGCUUGCAGGAGCUGGAACACCGAGACAGAGACCCAGGCCCGAGCUCCCUGGCCCUCCCGAGUGCGGAACGAGUCCGGACCAUUUCUGAGUACCUGAGCAGCAGCAAGAAGAGGCGGGCAGAGGAAAAGGAUUUUCUUACUGACUACGGCAGCGAUGCUGACAAGAGUGAGGACAACCUGGUGGUGGAUGAGGAUCCUCAGUCCCCCCGUAGUGUUCACUCUUACUCAUCAAGGGAAAAUGGGUUGGACAAGACCCCUUUGCCUCGGAAGGAGGCCAUCCCCAGCAGCCCACCCUCCGUGUCCUCGUCCCGGAGUGCCUCACCUGCUCGAAGCAAGGACCUGACCCCGGUGGAGAAGUCGGGGACCCCCGGCUUGAAGUCCAGCACCCCCACGUCCCAGGGAGAUGGGCUGGGGCCUGGAGGCAGCGGGAGCAGCAGCAGCAGCAGCAGCAGCAGCAGCAGCAGCAUUGGGACGCAGCCAUUCCGGCCUGGGCUGGGCAAGGCAACAGUGGACUCUCUGGCCCUGGGCCUCAGGAGCCCCCUGGCUGUGGCUGGCUCCUACACGGGCCCCUUCGGGAUGGGAAUGGUGCACUCGGCGGUGAACGGAGACUUGGCCACCACCGGGGCCUAUUCCGGGCUCCACCUGGCAUCCUCACAGCUCAACGGGGCCGGCAGCAUGGGAGGGACGUCGGGCUACGGCCGUCCUGCGCUGGUCAGCUAUGACCCUCAUUCACACAUUCGGGUCUCGAGCCUCUCUGCUAACCUGCCCAGCAGCUCCUCAGGGAAACCGGCUUACUCCUUCCACGUGUCUGCUGAUGGGCAG